CCUGAUGUCAGUCUUUGCUCUGGUGGCGCUGAUAAAGUCCUAAAUCCGAGCUGAAUUAUCAUCAGAGCUAGCUUAUUCUAAUGUAAAAGGGGGGGAAAAGUGGAGACGUGUAUCCAGACACGUUAACGGGGUUUUGCCUCCAGGAGCAGCGCUUUACCAUCUCAGCAAAUCAGUCACUUGUGUUUUCUCGUGCCGUUAUUGUUGUGACGCUAACGUUAGCCUAGCCAGCUAGCACAACAUCUCCUCGCCUAGCUACCCGCCGCGUCCUGCCUGUCGCUGUGCUGCACUGAUUUCGUCCUGACCAGCGGCGAAGCAGCCGGAGAGAAACCGGAGAAACAUGACACAGAUCGGCGGCGUCCAGUUAUGGGGCCUGGGAGUAACGUUACAGCUGAUUUUAGCUGCUGCUCUGCACCAGGGUUUGGCUACUGUUGCCCCUACGACUGUCCCAACCACUGCUGCACCGCACAAGGACCCCGGCCGACCUGAUAGAGGAGACUACGAGGUGAAAAGCAGUAAUGGUACUGUCUGUCUGCGGGCAUCCAUGGGCCUUCAGCUCAACGUCACCUUCAGCUCUUUGUCUCAAAAUAAGACAGUGCAGGGUGUUUUGAACCUUCAGCCCAAUAAGACAAGGACCUCUGGAUCAUGUGACCCAGACAGCGCCUCCCUGCGGCUGAUAACGGAUGCCGACAAAACCAGCCUCAACUUUUCCUUCACCCUGAAUACUACAUCUAAUAAGUAUCAUCUGAGUGAAGUGUCUCUGUCAGCAGACUGGCCUGAUAUGAAAGACGCCGUCUUAGCCCAUAACAACAGCCUGGACUACCUGCGGGGCUCCCUUGGGUUCUCAUACAUGUGCAGAGAGGAGCAAACCCUGAAAGUGACCCAGAAUUUUUCCAUCAACACCUUCCAGGUGCAGCUGCAGCCCUUCGGUCUGAGUGGAAAUCAGUUUGGAGCAGCUGAGGAAUGCCAGCUGGAUGAGGAUGACAUGUUGAUCCCCAUCAUAGUCGGAGCAGCUUUAGCAGGUCUUGUCCUGAUUGUACUCUUCGCCUACCUCAUUGGCAGGAAGAGGAGCCAUGCUGGCUACCAAACCAUCUGAGGUGGCUCGUCACUCUCAUGUCCUCUCUCGGGGCCCGGAGCGUGAUUAUCCCAACCCCCGACAUUAACCACUGUUACGAGACUUAACACUCUACCUUGUAUCCCUCUGUCCCUCCCUCUUUCAUCUCUCUGUGUCUUGUUCUUUGCCCUUAUCAUUAACACUAGUCAUUAUCACUUUGCAAGGUUGAUAUGUGCUUUCUGAACUGACCCACUCUUUCAUGAAAAAAAGGGACUUUGUUUUGGAGAUUGUGGUGAAAUGAAGAAAAAGUUUUUAACAUGUAAAGCAUGGGAUGCUGAUCAGAGGGUCCACAAGAGUCCUCUAGUUGUAUUGUACUAUUUAUGAUUUCUGUGAAAGGAAUUUUGAGGCAUUGUGGGAUCUGAGGGAAUUGCUACUGUAGCUUUUCUUAUUUGUUCUUGGGUGAAAGUAUUUAGUGGCCUCGCCCUAAAUAAGGUUUGUUACUAUAAAGGGAAUAUUUCUGCCUGCUUAUCUUAAUCCACUUCAGACAGUAAAGAUCUGACUUUUUUUAUUGCAACUCUGCAGAUUUUAGGGAGCUCCUGAAAAAGCACAGUAACCUAAUCCUGAAAAAGACGUGUGAGGUGACUUCAUAGUAGGUGUGUUACAUGUAGAAAUUCAUUUUGUCCACCGGGAUUAGUGAUAGAACGCCCGUCUUUCCGUAUUAGAGAUACUCAAAACAUUCUGUAUGAAGUUCAUAGAUGCAGCUUUGUAGGAUUGGAGGCAUUUUUAGUUUUUCUCCAUUUCACUUGAAGGAGUUCUGGGAAAAAAGGCUCAUUUGCUUUCUUGCCAAGAAUUAGAAGAGAGGAUCAGUACCACUCUAGCUUAGCACGAAAAUGUUGAAACAGGGGGAAGCAGCUCGCCUUGCUAAGCUAACAGUCUUUUGGCUGCAGCUCGAUAUUCACUCUACAGACAUUGAAAUGGCUUUGAUGUUCUCAUCCAGCCCAGCACAAAAGCAAAUAAGUUUUUCUUUUCCUAAAGUGAAAACGUCUUGUUGUUACAAAAUAAACACAUCCCAGGAUUUGCUACAAAAAAAAAAAUCUGUAAAAGGUACUGUUGGCUUAGUGCAUGAAAAAGCUCAGGAGAUCACUGUAAGAACAUAAUUAUGUUGCUUUGUUUAAGUCCACUGGGUGGUUUUGUUUGUUUGUUUUUUUCCUGAGUUUGAGCCCACUUGGGAUUUUGGUUGCUGAAGGGAAAAUAGUUGCACUAAAGUCCUGAGGAACAGCCCCAUGUAAUGAUUAAAAAUGGCCAAAAUGCUCUGGUCGGUUUUCAUCAGUGCCUUCCCAGCUGUAACAUGGAUGGGAUUUAACUAAAGCCAAUAUUCACAGAGGUUACUCGCUCAUUGACUGAUACUAUGUGAUGCCAUGUAUGGGACAUUUAUUUUGUGUCUCUCAUAGCCUUCAUGUACUGUUAUUACCAUUAAUAUGCAUUGUUUGAUGUAAUAUGAGAAAGUACAGUUAUUUAUGUUUUUUAUGUUUUUGUUUCUCCCUCAUCUAAAUAUCGUGUAGUUAUUUAAUAAGGUUUUAAUGGAUUUGUUUGAACUGUUUUCUAAAGGAGAGGUCAAUAAAAGUGAAUGAAGAA